AAAUCCGUCAUCCAGCGGGCCAGACCGCAUGCAGCUCUGCUUUUCCACCAUCUUGCCGAAGUUGCCACAAAAAUUUUAUAUUAAAAUCGCAUAGUGUUGACUAUUGUGGAAAAAAACCAGAGCGAAAGGCCGCCAAAAAGAAGUUGGUGAGAAAGCAGGCGGGGAUUGGAUACCGAUUCCGAUUCCUAUUCCGAGAGCCGGAGCUGGCCCAUAGCUUCCAGGCGGAGCGAGCGAGAUAGCGUGUGGAACGAGGUGAAGGAGAGGUAAGCAGGGCAGAGAGGCGAGGUGGUAAGAGGAGCUGUCAGCCGGGAAAACUGAAAGGUGAAAAGGAAAGGAGGCUCUCCUGUCAAAUUUCUUUUCGAUUCGGAAUAUUCCCGAAGCAGGACGUACUCACUCCGGAAAUCCCUUAGGAAAAAACUCAGUAGAAUCCAAGCCAAGCGAAAUGAAUGCGAAGCGUGUCAAGUACGCCACGGUUAAGGAGGAGAUCGUUCCCGUGGUCAUCCAGCACGAUCCCGAGGUGGAGGAGGAGGAGGAGCACGAGCACGAGGUGGGGGAGGAGGAAGAGGAGGGGCACGAGCUGCACCACGAGCACGAGGACGACGGCCAGGAGGCACAGUACACCUAUGCCUACGCCACCGCCGACGACGAUGACACCGAGCAUGCGGUGGUCACCCUCAGCGAUCGGGAGCACGAGGCCCUGGCCAAUGCCCAGGAGGUCAUCAUCGAUGAAAACGGCCAUGCCGUGACCCUGCAGCAGCUGGUCGAGAACAGCACCGUCGAGGAGGUGGAGACCAUCGAGCAGGGCGACGGGACCCACACCAUCCUCCACAUUGUCCCCAACAUGCACGACGAUGACGUCGAGGACGCCGAGGAGGACGAGGAGCUGGAGGAGGGCGAGGAGCUGGACCAUGACGACGAGAUCGUGACCGUGGAGCACGAAGAGGGCGAGGUGGACGAGGACGAUGACGAGGUCGGUUCCAUCGUUUUCGAGGGCACCAUCGACCAGGCCGAGCAGGAUCCGCAUUCCCGCAACAAGACCUUCUAUUGCCCCAACUGCGGCAAUUGCUACAGCGCCGCCGGCUCCCUGAAGCUCCACAUGCGCGCUUGCCUGCGCCAACGCAACGAGGUCUCCGCCGAGGAUCGAAAGUGCAAGGUCUGCAGCAAGGUCUUCAAUUCGGUGGCCUACCUCAAGGAGCACAUGAUGCGCCACACGGGCGAGCAGCCGUACCGCUGCACCCGUUGCUAUCGCAAGUUCGUCGACGAGGGCAAGUACACCGCCCACAUGGAGUCGCACAAGCACCAGGACAAGCUGGAGGCCGAGGCGGUGGCCCUUGCCGCCCAACACGGUGGCAAAAAGGUGGUGGUGAAGGAAUUCGAAUGCGCCUUCUGCUCGCAGAACUUCACCGUGGUCUUCGAUGUGGGCCAGGUGAAGCGGCGGUAUGCCUGCGAUGCUUGCCGCGAGAAGUACUCCAAUGCGGAGGCACUGCGUCAGCACAAACAGCAGGUGGAGGAGAAGCGUGAAUUCAGCUGCGAGCGCUGCGGCCGCAAGUUCGUCUUCGAGGGCUUCCUGCAGCGCCACUUGCCCACCUGCGAUGGCAGCAUCAAGCGCCGUCGGGACAUGAAGUAGAGGCGGCCGCAACGUGAUGGCAACUGGCGGCGACGGCAGCAGCUGGAGCCGGAGAAGAAGCAGGAGUCGCCGCCGCCAGUUCGUUACGUUGUUAUCAAGCAGGAGGACGAUGGGGAUGAGGAUGGGGAGCAAUAGAAUGCCCAAGAGCACGAACUAGAUGAUGAGAUGAUCGGCUAAAGGACGAUCAAGAUGGGCAGAUGGUGCGGACCACGCCGCACAUACACACCCGCUUUGUUUUUGGGGUUUCGACGACAUUUCUCCAAGCAAUUCCAAAGGAGAGCGUCUUUCUUUACCUAAUUGUACACAUACACACAUAUUACGAUUUGAUUAUGUUGCCACCUUUUUGGCUUUAAAAGAAGGAUGAUUCGGAUGAGCUGAUCGGCUAACGUUGGACACACCCGAGGAUGGCGAUUACGGCCAAUGUAUAGAUAUAUAUUACUUACUUUUAAUUACGACUACUUAAUGAUAGAGCCCCCAAAUCACCCGCUAUUGUGUAAUAACACCCAAACCUAAAUGCUGGCACACAAAACGCCCGUCAUAUUGAUUGUGAAUUAAAUAAAAAUACUAAAUCCAGAA